UAUAAAAGUAACACAAAAAUAUUUUAAUUUUGUUAUGACUUUGUGUUUCUCAGCUGUGUCACAUUUUGUCAAAUCUAUACGUCAAUGUCAUUUUAUGACUAAGGUUGCAAAUAGUUGUAGAUAAACAAGAACAAGUAUUAGAAACUAAAAAUUAUAGUAAGAUUUCAUAAUACUAAAGUGAGUUCACAAUAAGAAAGGAUGUCUACCAUGGCGGGCUCCUCUUGGGAAGAGCUAAGAAAACAAGCUCGGCAGUUGGAGAAUGACAUAGAUGUGAAGUUGGUAGCGUUCAGUAAACUUGGUAUGAGUACCGGCACGGCAGGUCUAAGCUCGGAGAGUGUUCCGCUUAUAAACAGCGAUGACAUGUUCGACACAAUGUCCAUGGAAUUACAGCAGUUAUUGUUUCAGUUAUCAUCAAUAAAUGACAAAAUGGCAGACUUAGCGCCAAGUGGAACUGCUACAAUGCACACUAUCAAAAGGCACAGAGAAAUAUUAAUGGACUACCAACAAGAGUUCUCGAAGACAUCAGCGAGGGUGAGCGCCCGGCGAGAGCGCGAGGAGUUGCUGCGAGGUGGCAGUCCGCCGCCCUCUGCCGUCAUGGGGCUCAGCCGACGCGACCAGUAUGCUAAGGAAGCUAAUCAUUUGCACAGUUCUCACAUGUUAGUGGACGAGCAAAUCAACAUAGCGAUGGAGGCGCGCGAACACCUUACGUCUCAGCGGCAGACUUUCAAACGGAUGCAAACCAGAUUCAACGACAUCGCCAAUAGGUUUCCAAUGCUAAAUAGUCUGAUCUACCGGAUAAACGCCCGCAAGCGUCGUGAUUCCCUAAUCAUAGGUCUCGUGGUUGCGGUCUGCACAUUCCUAUUGCUGCUCUAUGCAUUCCAUUGAAUUGUACUGUGUGAUAUGUUACUGGGAAGGCUUUUCAUAUAGGCUCCUAUAUGCUCGACAAGUUUUAAUGGUCAGGUAAUUUUGGUAAUCUUAUUUCCUGAUAAUUUAUCCUGUUUUGAACAUUUCCAAAUCCCCUUUAGUAUUUUCUUGGUAGGUAAAUGCAACAUUGAAACUUACUUUUAGUUUGUUUUUUUUAUAUGCGUAUUCGAAAUAAUGUUGUCCCUUUCUCACUUAUAUCACAAAAGUCAAUUUUUCAGAUAUGAAAUUAAAAUAUGUACAAAUUUUUUUUAUAUCACUCCAUAAAGGGAUUUAAAUAACUUUUUUUUUCGAGAUACAUGGUUAAGAAAAAUAUGUAUUGUUAAUUUAAUUGGUUGUAAAAAAGUUAUUAAAAAUAACUGUUAAGUUGAUACUCGAUUGUUAAUUCCAAAAACUAAAAAGCAAUGCGUAAAACUAAGUUGUUACUUAUGAAUAUAUUUUAACCGAGCACUUAAUGAAUGUGUAACUUGCAAUAAUUUUCGUAAAUCGUUGAAGUUGGUUAUAUAUUAAGAUAAUUGUAACAUAGAAAUAUGUAAAUAUUUAUAAUCUAUGUGUAAUAAUUAUUUUAUAAUAAUAAAACUAACUAUUUUAUGGUAA